GGGAGGUUAGAAGAAAACAUUAACAUAACCAUUACAACACAGUGACAAAAGGUGCAGAAGCGAAGAGAAGGGAAGCUUGCAUAUUAAGGGAAUGGAUAUUUAGUGUUAGCGUGGGCUUUGCUGGACUUGGCGGGAUUUCCGGUGCCGGAUUCAGUGUCGGCUCUCAUUCUACUCUUGUGUCUGUGUUGUCAUACUCUUCCUUCCUAGUUCCUACACAUAAUACUACUACAUUUCUUUUCUUUAACCAUUCUCUCUCCAAUUUCAUUUUUUUUUUUAAUUUCAGCCCCAUCGUCAUCGUCAUAUUAAUAAUAUCUUUCUCCUUUUUAAUUUUUUUCCAAAUUUAAAAUUCCCCCUUUUCCCUCUGUCUUCCGUCAACUGAACAAGGAUUCAGAGAGAGAAGGAGAGAGAGAGAAAGAGUAGGUAGAACAAUAGAACCUCAGAUAUACAAGAAAGGAAAAGCACAGAAAGCGAUACAGAUUUGCUUCCCAUCGAAACUCCACCGAAGAGCUCAAAACAAUACAGGCCUUGUGAUUCCGAUAGAGAGACACAAAGAGAGAGAGAGAGAGAGAGAGAUUUGAUUGAAAUGGAUGGAUCUUUGGGUCAGCGUUGAAAAGAGAUGGGCAUAGUGUGGCUUGGGUUGUUGUUGCUGGUGCUGAGUCAGGUGACAUUGGAGCAGAAUGAGCCACUGAGUUCCGUCGAGGAGCGAGAAUCGUUGCUCGAACUAAGGGGUUCUCUGGGGUUGAGGAGCAAGGAGUGGCCAAGAAAGCCAGACCCAUGUUUAAUCUGGGUUGGCAUCACGUGCCAGAAUGGUCGUGUCGUUGGGAUCAAUAUCUCUGGCUUCAGAAGAACCAGACUUGGGAGGAGGAACCCGCAAUUUGCAGUGGAUGCUUUGGCCAAUUUCACCCUCUUGCGGUCCUUCAAUGCCUCCAAUUUCCCCCUUCCUGGCUCUAUUCCUGAUUGGUUUGGUCUCUCUCUCCCUUCACUCACUGUGCUUGAUCUUCGUUCUUGCUCCAUUGUUGAUGCUAUUCCCUCCACUCUUGGCAAUUUAACCAACCUCACUAGUCUCUAUCUCUCUGACAACAACCUCAUUGGGAAUGUUCCUGGGACUUUGGGUCAACUCUUGGCCCUUUCGGUUCUUGAUCUUUCCAGGAAUUCUCUUACUGGCUCCAUACCAGCCUCUUUCGCCUUUCUUGGGAAUCUUUCCUCCCUUGACAUGUCUGCUAAUUUUUUGUCGGGGGCGAUUCCCACCGGCAUAGGGACUCUUUCCAGGCUGCAGUACUUGAAUCUUUCCAACAAUGGCCUUUCUUCUUUGCCUGCCGAAUUGGGGGGCCUUGCUAGCUUAGUUGACCUUGAUCUUAGUGAGAAUUCUUUCGUUGGUGGUGGAUUGCCUCCUGAUUUCACCCGAUUGAGGAACUUGAGGAGGAUGAUACUUGCCAACAGCAUGCUCACUGGAGCUCUGCCGGGGAGAUUGUUUAGUGAUUCGUUGCAGUUCCUAGUGCUGAGGCAAAACAACUUUAGUGGUUCUCUGCCUGUUGAGUUGUGGUCUCUGCCAAGAUUGAGCUUCCUCGAUGUCUCUGCCAAUAACUUCAGUGGUCUGCUUCCUAAUUCGACUUCUGCUGCUAAUAAUGCUACUGCUGCGGUGCUCAAUAUUUCGCAUAAUAAGUUUUAUGGAGGCCUCACUCCUGCACUCAGAAGGUUUGGUUUCGUUGAUCUUUCCAGCAAUUAUUUUGAAGGCAAGAUUCUGGAUUACAUGCUUAAUGUAUCUCUAGAUAUCAACUGCCUCCAGAAAGCGACAAAUCAGAGGUCAACGAUGGAAUGUGCAUCAUUUUAUGCGGAGAGGGGGCUCAGUUUUGAUAAUUUUGGACAGCCAAAUACGACAAAACCUCCCACAGCCGAAAGCUCUGGGAAGAGCAAUAAAACUAAGAUUAUAUUGGCAGCAGUCUUUGGUGGAGUGGGUUUAAUUGCACUUUUGGUGCUGCUACUGGUUCUGUUGCUUCUGUGUGCUCGUAAGAGGGGUAAUUCAAAUCAGAGAGGGAAUGGUGUGGGUCCUGCUCCUGUUGGCAGCAGUCCUCCAAAUCCCGGUGUACUGGUCGACUUUCCAAAUGUCGGAGACUCAUUUACCUAUCAUCAGUUGCUCCAGGCAACAGGAGAUUUCAAUGAUGCAAAUCUUAUCAAACAUGGCCACACUGGGGAUUUCUUCAAUGGUGUUUUGGAAAGUGGGAUUCCUGUCGUCAUCAAAAGGAUUGACAUGCGUUCAACUAAAAAGGAGGCUUACCUGUCGGAAUUGGACUUCUUUAAUAAGGUUUCUCAUCAAAGAUUUGUUCCUUUGUUAGGUCAUUGCUUAGAAAAUGAGAAUGAGAAGUUCCUGGUUUAUAAACGCAUGACAAAUGGGGACUUGUCUAAUUGCUUGUACUACAAAAACACAUCUGAAGAUGGUACUUUGCAAUCAUUAGACUGGAUAACUAGGUUAAAAAUUGCUACUGGAGCAGCAGAGGCACUAUCAUAUCUACAUCAUGAAUGUGUUCCGCCGAUUGUUCACAGAGAUAUUCAAGCAAGCAGUAUACUUCUAGACGAUAAAUAUGAAGUUCGGUUAGGGAGCCUAAGUGAAUCCUGUGCUCAAGAAGGUGAUAUUCAUCAAAGUAAAAUCACCCGGUUUCUGCGGUUGCCUCAGUCUUCUGAACAAGGCACAUCUGGUUCAUCAACAUCAAUUUGUGUCUAUGACGUUUAUUGUUUUGGAAAAGUUUUACUUGAGCUGGUGACGGGUAAGCUGGGAAUGAGUGCAGCCAGUGACACCGAAGUAAAGGAGUGGUUUGAUCAGAUUCUACCUUGCAUUAGUAUGUACGAUAAGGAGCUUGUGACAAAAAUUGUUGAUCCGUCAAUGGUUGUUGAUGAGGAUUUCUUAGAGGAAGUAUGGGCUAUAUCCAUUGUUGCCAGGUCUUGCCUAAAUCCCAAACCUUCAAGAAGACCCCCAAUGAGAUAUGUUCUCAAGGCUUUGGAAAACCCUUUAAAAGUUGUAAGGGAAGAAAAUUCCAGUUCUGCACGGCUUAGAGCAACCUCUUCUAGAGGCUCUUGGAAUGCUACUUUGUUUGGUAGUUGGCGUCAGAGUUCUUCGGAUGUAACACUUACUCCAGCAGCCUCUGGUACAAAACUAGAAAGAGCUAGUAGUUUAAAGCUGUCAGGAACUACUGGCUCGCAGUCACAGGGUAGUUUCCACAAUGGAGGUGAGAUUUUGUCAUCGCGGAGACGACAUUCAAAGGAGAUAUUGCCAGAGCCAUCUGGCGUGCAUGAUGUAGAGAGGUUGGAGCUUGAAUAGAAACAUGAGUCAUAAAUUUAAUUCUUUUGGUAAUGAGACUGCCCCUUUCUUCUUUUUGGUAUUUGGAACUGGAAAGUGUUCAUUGUACAUGCCAGUACUCAGUAGACAAAGCGGCUCUCAAUUCCUUUCAAAGGGGGUUACUGUAUUUCUUUUCAGUGAUUUUGGACACAAACUGAUGAAGUGGAGAGAUAGAGAGCAGGAAGGCCAAGUGCUAUGGUAGAUAUGGAUACUUUGACUGCUUGUUUUUGACACAAACAAGCCCCAUUUUUUUUUUUUACCUGUAAUUGAUUUUUUUUACCCUUUGUCUCGAGUCCCCUUAUGGAAUGUAAAUUUUAAUGCGUUAGAUUUCUUCAUUCAGAUCACUUUUGUUUUUAUUCUGGAAAAAAAGGGGACUGCAUCAAAAUUUGAAAGAAGGAAAAAGCAAACAGGUUAUACUAAUUCUAUUGGUCGUGAGUUUGUGCAUGUUUGAA